AUGUCGUGGAUGACAAGUGUCUUGCUCACUCUUGAAAUUGACUUUCUACAGUUCGAACAUGUUUACGCGAUAGGAUUCAAAGGGCGGACCGACAAACGUGACUUUCUAACCCUGGCAGCCUCGGUAACAGGGUUCAAAGUUGAAUGGAUUGAGGGAGUAAAGCCAGGUGGUUUGCUACAGAAGGCCAUGCCGAAUGGAGUGAACCUUGAAGACACCGAGCCUAGCAUUAUUGCGGCCUGGCGUGCGCAUAUGAACGCAUUAAUCAGUGUUAUUGAAAAUGACCAUUCCACGGCCCUGAUUUUCGAAGAUGACGCUGACUGGGAUGUGAACAUUAAGUCCCAACUACGCGAGUUCGCCCGCGGACUACACGCCCUACAAAGCAAUGACAAAGUAUCCAAGGAAGCACCUUACGGAACCAACUGGGAUGUUCUUUGGAUCGGAGGAUGUGGCACCGGCCCAGACAAGAAUCAAACCAGGUUCUAUGUAAUUCCCGAUGAUCCAACGAACCCACCUUCCCAGGCACAAAGCACGCUCGGUGGGCCUCUCCGGGCUUGGACCGAGAAAUUCCCGCAAGACUCCACGCGGUUUAUCUUUAGGGCUGAAUCCGGUCUCUGUACAAUUGGCUACGCGAUCACGCGCAGAGGAGCACAAAAGAUCCUUGCUGCUCUUUCCAUCGAUCAUCUCGGACAACCAUUCGAUAACGCUUUGAGUACAUUAUGUGGCGGUGUGGGCGAUCGUCAACGGAUCGAAUGCUAUGCGCCAUUCCCUCAACUGUUCAAUACUCACCGUCGAGCUGGUUCCUCGUCUCGAGACUCGCAAAUUGUGACAAAUGGCGAUGAAUCAUGGCACGACGAGCAGUCAUUCGCUCUAGUAUAUAGCACCAAGCGCAAUAUCCAUCGGUUAGUUGCUGGUGAGGAGACUGUUUACUCGCAAUAUAGUGAUAUGCCGUGGUCACAAGAAGAGCUGUACAUGAAACAAUUCGUUCAUCCCAAGGGGUAUCUGGUGACUUAG